GGUAGCGUGAAACUCGACUGCAGGUCUGCAGAUGGAAGGCGGAAAGUGUAACUCGCUCUAGGUUUCUUUUUUUUUUAAAACCUUCCCCGAGCAUGCAUGGCUUUUGUUUCUAGGAGAGGAGACAGAGCUGAUGCAGAGACAAGCACUUACCUUACACGCUGUACUUGGGAGCCCAGUGUAAGAGCCCGGGUGCACAGUGUGCCACUCAGUCUGCGCUCUGCAGCUGCAUAGACUCUGUUCAGUCAGCACACGGCUGAAUUGAUUUUGAAACACAGAAGGAAGAGACUCAUAGAGACAGAUAACGAAGUGCUCAGUGGAGAGAGUGCUGUACUGUCCGCGCUGUUUUAACACAUACAGAAGCUGGAAAUUAAACUUUUUUUCCCCACACACCCAGCCUUUUUAAGGCUACACCGGACUGAACUGUUAUCGAGUUUACUUCACAUCUCAGGAGUGAAAUAUUUCUUACGCUUUUUUUUUUUUACUCAGCUCAAACUGAGGAGAAAAAGAGCUGAGUCUGCUUUAAAGUGAAUCAGAGGACCAAGCAGAGAGGGAGAGAGAAAGAGCAAACAUACCGCUCUCCCUCUGUGUGUACAAGCGGGCAGCAUGGUGCAGAAAAUGAGCCACACAGAGAGCACCGCCGAGGCGCUGUCCUUUUUUGCCGGGGAUUCGAGCUCCGACUCUGGGGCAUGCAUGGACCUGGACCCCGCCGCCUCGCCUCUCUCCCCGGGCUCCACGGCUUCCUCCACCGCCGGGGACAAGCUGGGUGAGAACCCGGCAUGGUGUAAGACACCGAGCGGCCACAUCAAGAGACCCAUGAAUGCGUUCAUGGUGUGGUCCCAGAUCGAGAGGAGGAAGAUCAUGGAGCAGUCCCCGGACAUGCACAACGCGGAGAUCUCCAAGAGGCUGGGGAAGCGGUGGAAGAUGCUCAGAGACAGCGACAAGAUCCCCUUCAUCAGAGAGGCGGAGCGGCUCAGGCUCAAGCACAUGGCGGACUACCCCGACUACAAGUACCGGCCCAGGAAGAAGGUCAAAUCGAGCGCCUCCAAGCCGGGCAGCGGUGACAAGGGGGAGAAACUCAACAGCAGCUCCAACAACACCAGCACCAAGUCAUCCUCAUCUUCAAGGAAGAGUGGAUCCAAAUCACCCAGCAGCAGCAGACCCCACAAAUCACUUUUCGGGAGCAGCAGCAGUAGCAGCAGCACCAAAGCAUCACCGUUUGCCUCUGAGCACCAGUCAGAGCACCAUCACAACUCCCUGUACAAGUCCAAAUCUGUCUCCUCAGCAGCCAAGCAGAUACCGGAGAGCAAGAAGCCCAAGCGGGUGUACGUGUUCGGGAGCAGCGGGGCCAGCCUGAGCGUCAGCCCCGCGUCCUCCGUCGUGGUCCCCGCCAGCCCGACGCUCAGCAGCUCGGCGGAGUCCAGCGACCCGCUCAGCCUGUACGAAGACGCGGCCAGCGGCAGGGAGGAGGGGGCCGCCUCCCCCGGCAGCAGCGGGAGCCUAGGCGGAUCCUCGGAGCGACACGGCGGGCACACAUACAGCAGUCGGCGGGCUUCCUCCCCUACUCCCUCCGGCUCCCACUCCUCUGCCUCGUCCCACUCGUCCUCCUCCUCCUCCUCGGAGGAUGAGGAGUUUGAAGACGACUUGCUCGACAUCAACCCGAGCCCCAGCUUUGAUAGCAUGUCGCUGGGGAGCUUUGGCUCCUCGGUGCUGGACAGAGACUUGGAUUUAAACUUUGAGUCUGGCUCCGGGGGCUCCCACUUCGAGUUCCCCGACUACUGCACGCCAGAAGUCAGCGAGAUGAUCUCCGGGGACUGGCUGGAGUCCACCAUAUCCAACCUGGUGUUCACGUACUGAGUGAGGCAACAACAAAAAAAAAGCGACAGGUAGCAAAAAAAUAUGACCACAAACAGAAACAGGGGUCCCUUGUAGGCUGUGGUGGGCGUAAUAGUUUGUGUUUUAUUACACCAGACUAUAAUAAACCCACUGAAACUAGCCCCCCGACCCUUCUUGUCCUUAAAACGGGAGCUGCGGAUCGUUGGAAAGCUAAACUUUAAAGCGAAUAAGUUGCUUUUUGUACUUUUCUUCGUGUGCGUGGAGUGGGGGGACUUUGGUUGAAAGGAGUGCAAACAAGAGAGGGAGAGGAAAAGGAGAGACAGACUGUUUCCUGACAGACACAAACACUCAGUUCUGAACUGUUUUUGAACUGAACAACUUAACUGUGAUUGAUUUGCACGUUACGCGGUCCGCCGUUCACUUAAUCAAUGUUGUUGCUGAUUUAAAAAAAAAAAAAAAAAAAAAAAAAAAAAGGGACAUUUCACAACUUUUUACCAAUCGCCAAGUGAACUUCACCACUAAAAGGGUACAGAAAUAGGACUGUCGUGCGACAUUUUUUUUUAUUGUGGUGUGUCACCGAGAGGGAUUUUUAAUGAAAACCGAGGUGGGUUGAUGUUUUUUAAAAGUCGAAUAUUUUCUCAAAAAGCAAAAAACAUGUUACGCAUGAUAGCCUACUUUGUUCCUAUCUUGUGCUGAGAUUUUCUGUGAGACUGUCGAGCAGUUUAAAACUAGUAUUAGGGUUAUUUAAAUGGAUAGGUGGCGCUCGCUUUCGGUUCUUCUCUUUUUUGAAAAAAAAAAAACGGACAUUGAAAUAAUCACCAGCUGUUUUAAUCUUUCAAACUUCAGGACUCAAACGCAACUUCAGAUCUGUGCUGAACUUUAUACACGUGUUCUCUUCGAUUCAGGACCAAAAGUCUUUAAUUUCAGAUGAUAGCUAUAGAGAAAUCCUCACCGAUGUUUUUCAUCCUCUGAGCUUUUGUUUUCUACAUGUAUCCAGAUGCCAUUUUAUAUGGGAUGUUGUAGGUAUUUAUACUGGGCCAAGCAUUUUUGACUUGAUCAUUUUUUAUUUCUUGUAUACAUGAUCUAGUCCUGUUUUCUUUUUCUUACACGGUUGUUUGUCAAUAUGUCUGUGUCUAUCACAUUUCCUUCUCAGGCGAAGGGCUAGAGUUUUAAAAACACAACUUUUUAUUUCGUUUUAUAUUUAAAUGUACACACUUUUUGGACACUUAAAAGAGAGGAAACAGUUUGAUUAUUUUCUCAGUGUAUUUUUGUACAAAUCUAUAUAGAAAAUGGGGGAGUCAACAAUCGGUGUGUGUAGCCUAACAAUACAGCUGUAUGGGAUUUCCUAAUUUUUAGUACCCAGGCAGGCUGGUUUUUAUGCUGCCUUCAAGUGCUCAUGAAAAACUCGUACUCAUGAAUUGUUUUUUUCAAAGACUGUUCAAAAGCUUUUGUAAGGACAGCCAGCAAAACAGACCUUGUAUCACUGUGGUGCCUAUUGUUUGAUUUGAGAAAUUCAAGGCACCAAGCUACAUUGUCCUUAAGAGACUGUGCAGACAAGAAAAUAAAUAUGAAUCAGGUACUUACUUGCGUAUUUAAUCACUGAUUUGGCUAACUUUAUUUGACUUAAACCAGCAAAUACUGACAAGACUUGUCUGAUGUCCAAUCUGCGAACAUCCUGUUUUGUCAGUAGAGGCAAGAGAUAUUCAACCACAGAGUUAUAAGGAUGCAAUUACGAUUUUCCGACAGCACUUGAAAGCAACACCAGUCUUAGUAUCAGCCUACCUUCUACGUUUACAGUGCCAGUCUGCAGGCUCCUUAAAGACACAGGAAUGCAUUAUUUCUAUGGCUCUUCCUGUGGACCAUGUGGAUUCAACAGCAUCACUAUCUCAAGCAGCCACUUGCAUUUUCAUUACCCUUCAGACAUCUUGCCUACGACAACAACUGAGGAGAUUGUAGCUUUAAAUUUGACUUAUUUCUUGAUGUUUUCAUUAACUGAUGUCAAAUUUGCCAAUCAGCCACUGGAUUGAACAGGCUAACAAUACAGCAAGCAAACAACAAGGAUGAUAACAUCAAGCAUAUUCAAAUUUCUGACUUGAGUUCCGCAACACCUACUUGUACUGCGUUUCUCAUUGUAUUUGAAUAUAUAAUCUUUUCUACUUGUCGGCUAACUAUUAGCUAAUAAUUGUUUUAGUAUCUUUAUGGCAUGGUGAAUAGCAUUUGUAUUUCAGAUUCAGGUUACUAGCUGUUGUGUUUUUCAGAAAAAAUGAAAAAAUGAGGAAAAACGAUGAAACGUGAACUCGAUCUUUGUAUAUUUGACUGUAUCAUAAAGCAAAAAGAUUGUGUGUUUAUGUACGUUGUUGCUAUCGAGGACAGGCACUGUCUAGAACUGCUAUCUUUUACACAUCCUUACUUACAUUUAAGGUGGUCAGUUCAGGACUCUUUUUUUAUAUAUAUAUGAAAGCAUUUUUAAAUAUAUUGACUUUAUUUUUCAUCCAUCCUGUGCAAUAUGCUGUGUAGAAUUAUCAUUUUAUUGUCUUUAAUCAUGCCAUAAACAAAAGAACCCCCCUUUGUUUGAAACUCAGAGAGAGGGGGGGGAACUCAUGCCAGCUAAAUUGUGUCCAUUCACUGCCUGUCAGAUUGUUGAUAUAAACUUGUGUACAGACUUUUUCAAGGAAGGAAAUAAAUAUCAGCUGGAACUGAA